AUGCCACAUCACGAGGUCAUUAGAAGGAACCGUGAAACCACCAAGGUCCGCAUCGUCUUUGAUGCUUCGUCAAAGGCAUCUGGUUGUGUGUCGCUUAAUGAAGCUAUCCAUUCUGGACCUAGUUUGAACACGGAUGUGCUGGAGCUACUCUUGUGCUUCUGCACUUACCCGGUGGCCCUUAUAGCGGACGUCGAGAAUGCUUUUCUACAAAUUGUAUUGGAUAAACACGACCGGGACUGUUUAAGAUUUUUCUCGUCCACAGCAACCUCCUAUGUGAAAAGGCCUUUACCCCCCGCCCCCCUAGGCACUUGGCAAAUGGCUCAUGUUGCCGUAGGCGCAAGGUCUAACCCAUUCCUUUCAGCGGCAACACUGAGACAUCACUUGCAUUCGGCCGUAGACUCUCCCCCGGAAACGGCCCCGUUGCUUGCCAGCAACUUCUACGUUGGCGAUCUUGUUGUCGGAGUAGAAACUGUGCUACAGGCUACAUCUCUCUACUGUGAAGCUAAAGCCAUUUUGCAAGAAGGUGCCAUGAAGUUAGUGAAGUGGUCUAGUACUGAUUCUGCUCUUCAACCCAUGUUUGAAGCUGAUCGUGUCGUGCCUUUGACGAGCGCAGCCAUGAAGAAAGUUCUCGGUCUUGCCUGGGACACGGAUUCAGACGAGGUGCGGUAUGCGCUGAAAUGGAGCAGGCAGUAA